AUGGAUCACACCGGGGAGCACCUCGACCCCGCAGCCUCGGCGUCCGCGUCCGCGCCCGCAUCCGUCGCGGAGGUCAACGCGUGGCUGGCUUCCCUGGCAGCGGAGGGCGGCGGAGUGGGAGGGCGCGGCGGUGGGGCGGUGGUCUCCGAGCUAUCGCUGGGCCCCGACCCCACGCCGCGCGGGGUAUCCUAUCUCCGCGCGCUCGCGGCGGCGUCGCAGGCGCGGUCCCACGCAGCCGGGAUCGCUGCUUCGGGGCUGCGCGCGCAGGCCGCGGAGUAUCAGGCGGAGGCAGCGCGCUUGCGGGAGGCGCUGGAGCGGGCCGGCCUUGCGCGGGACGCGCUCCCUCCGCCUGCUGCGUCGGCCGCGCGCGCCGUCGCCGCUGUCGCGAACCUCCUGGCCAUCCGCGACACCGAGAUGAGCAGCUUCGUGGUGGCCAGUGCAGAUUUAUGGCUGAGGAGAGCAGAGGUGGAGGAGAAGAGGGACAAAGUGCAUAAAGAGUCAAAGGCACUUCUUGAUUACACAAGGAAGGCCAUCACCAAGCUUACCGAGCUCAAGAGGAUGCUGGAGAAAUUUAAAAAUGAUGUGGAGAAGCAACAAGUGGAGCAAACGGCAGACUGGCAGACAAAAUUGGUCAUGAUGGACUCGAAGGAGCGGCAAUAUAUCCUCCAAGUCUCAAAUUACAAGGCAAUGCUCAACAGAGUUGGAUACACGCCAGAAAUUAAUCAUUGUGUGUUGAUGGAAAUGGCGGAGCAUAAGAAGGAUCUUGAGAGGAAAACUAAACCCAUUGCCGACACAUUGCGUAGCUACCAGGAUUUGCCUCCAGAUAAAGCUCUCGCUGCGUUAGCUAUAGAGGACAAAAAGAGGCAGUAUGCAGCUGCAGAGAAGUACCUUGAAGAUGUGUUGCAAUCUGCUUUAACAACACCUGGUCUAUGA